AUGGGGGUUAGGGUGGACGGGAAAGACGGAGGACUAGGUGAUAGACAGCAUCAUCACAUCCUAGGCCUCGGAAAUUCUUAUGGUUUUGUGCAGCACGUCACCGAUGUACCUGGACACGAUAGUCUGGCGAACCUGGGCGAGUCUAGCACUCUACAAGAGGAUACUAUACCCAUGGAUCUUGAUAUACCCUCUUCACAUCUCAUUGACGAUCACAACGGCCAGCAAGAUACAAAGAUGCAAGAUGCGGACAUAUGGGAUGCGGACUUGAGGGAUAUAUGUAUGCCCGAUAUAGACAUGCACGAGAAUGUCGCUUCUGAAGCUUCCGUAGAGGCAACAUGCAUUGCGUCUUCCCUCCACAACAUUCAAAACAGUGUCCAGGAGAUUCAAAGCGGCGCUCAGAGGACCCACAAGUGGGCUCUGGAGGCUAAAAACGGUGUCCAGGAAAUUUCAAACAGAUUGGAUAAGCUUGAAAAUAUCUCCCAGGAGAACCGGAGCAGCAUUUACAACUUCCAAAUAUUGAUUGGAUCUUCAAAAUCCUACUAG